AUGGAAGUGCACCACCAGUUCGUCGCGCCGUCGCAGUGCUCAGACUCGCUAUCAUGCUACUUUACCAACAACGAAAGGCCGAACCUGAUAGUAGCAAAGCACACGGUGCUUCAGGUAUUUGACAUCCUGGAAACUUCGCACACCGAUGAUGCCCAUGUGAGAAAACUCGUUCUGGUAGCGGAAUACCAAUUGAGUGGAUUAAUAACCGGGAUGGCCAAGGUGCGCACUCUUGAAGACGACAAGCUGGACUAUCUUAUCAUCGCCACAAAAUUUGCCAAGAUAUCGGUGAUAAAAUGGAGUUUCCACCUGAACUCUAUUUCCACUGUGAGUCUUCAUUAUUAUGAGCCCCAGUUUGAAGCUUUGUCCAUAGACAAGUUGUCUACAGCCAGAUUUAGAAGUGAUCCUACUGGUCAAGUUGCGUGUCUCGAGUCGAACGGGAUAUUUGCAUUCUUGCCUUUUGAACAAGAGAUGGAUGACGAUGAUAUCGAUUACGAUGGUGAUAAGAAGAGCAAAGAACCAAAUGGAGCGAAUGGCACAAGCCUUUUCACAGGCAAAGACAUUGCAGCGAAAAAACUGACAGGCUCUAGUUUCUUGCUGGAUGCCAGAAAGUUGGAAGCGAAUAUCUCCACACUUGUUGAUUUCACUUUCCUCCAUUCCUACAGAGAGCCUACUGUUGCCGUCCUUCAUUCUUCUUCGCCUGUUACAUGGGCUGGCUAUCUGCCCAAGAUCAAAGACAACCUGCGUCUUUCGGUUCUGUCCCUCGAUCUGGAGUCCAAAUCAGCAACAACCAUCAUUGAGGCCUCCAACCUGCCGUACGACAUCGAGAGAGCAAUAGCUUUACCAGCUCCGUUAAAUGGAACCUUACUUAUUGGAUGCAACGAGAUUAUCCACGUCAACUCUUUGGGCUCGCUGAGAGGAAUAACCGUCAACGAGUUUGCUUCCAAGUGCACCAAUCUGCAGUUGAAGGACCAGUCGAGCUUGAAUCUCCAGUUGGAGGGAGCAAUCGUUGCUCCUUUGGUCGAAGACAAAGUUUUAUUAAUCACGGCCACUGGCGAGUUCUACGUUUGUGUUUUCGAACGCAUGGGAGGCGCCUCUUCCAUAUCAUUGAUCGUUAAAGUUCCACAGGAAAAUUACGCUGGAAUCUUGUUGACUCAUCCAGUGUCGGCCACUGUAAUUGAAGGCACAAAGUCUAUGUUCGUGGUCUGUCAUGGUGGGGAGAGUGUUCUCUUGGACUGGCAGUACGGAUCCGGGUCCGCCAUGAGUCUCGCGAAAGCCGGUGUAGCUCAGAUAACAGAUAACGAAAAGGCAGAUAUUGAUGACGAUUCUUACCUCUACGCCGACGAUGAUACACUCGGAUAUGAUCAGAGCAUGGUUUCCAACGAUCUGUUGGAUGCCUCAAAAUUGAAAUUUUUCAAAAGUGAUUGGCUGGCGAACUUCGGCCCUCUUUCAAAUUUCACUAUUGGCAAAGUGUCGACAACCAAGAAGUUCUUUGGUCUGGCGAAUCCAAACCUUGACGAGGACUGUCUCAUAGGAUGCUCAGGGAUAGGAAAGUCCAGUUCUCUCAGCAUAUUCCAUCCUUCGAUCCAGCCCACCAUCAGGUCCACUCUCAAAUUCUCCAGUAUAAACAGAAUGUGGACUUUGAAUGAUAAGCACGGAAAAAGUCAUUAUCUAGUGACUUCUGACUUUUCUAACUACAAGACACAGAUAUUUUUGAUCAACAAAAACUACCGUGAUUUUGCAUCCAAGGACUUCAACACUAAGGAGAUCACUGUUGCCAUAUCUGUCGUUUCUGGCUCUUCUAGAGGGCACAAACAUGAAUGCAUAGUACAGGUGACCUCGACGAACGUUUUUCUCUACGAUUUCAAAUUUAGAAAGUUGCAAACGAUCAGUUACGAUGAGGAAAUUACGUUUGCGCAGAUCGGCGAUGAUGGCUAUGUCUUGAUCACGAGAGAAAAUGGUGACAUUGAUGUUUUGGAGUACACAGAGAGACAAAAAGAGAUUGAGGAGGCAGAGCCUGAAGUUGAAGAACCUGCACCCAAAAGGCCAAGAAGAGGGAGAAAGGCCAAAAACUCAGAGCCCGAGCAAGAAAAAGCUGAAGAAACCGCUCCAAAGAAGGUCAAAAUUGAAUUCACAUACUCUAUGGAGAAGAUUGAGUUGCCCAUGCUUCUUAACAACACUAUCAUCGUGAGUGGUUAUGUCACGCUAUCUCGUAUCCUGCACAAAGUGAAGAUAGGUGAUCAGACCGUUGAAAGACAUGCUAGCAAAAAUCCAACGCCCUGUUUUUUCCUCGUCACUGCUGAUAACAGAAUCCUGGUAUUCGACAAACAUCAUCGCCAGAAGAUAUUCGAGCUGAAUACUGCAGAGCAACUCACUGAGUAUCUCAGUAUUGACCUUAUGAUGGCCAACAAAGAGGGUGUUCCGGACCCCUUUUUCAAACAGAUCAUGGUGACUCAACUAGGGGACCAGUUUCACAAAGACGACUACCUGAUUAUUCUCACGAUGGGUGGAGAGUUGUUUCUGUACAAGAUCUUUUUUGACAAAGAUGAGGGUGUGUUCAUGUUAAUGAAGAUGAACGAGCAAUGCAGAAUGCCGAUUACUGGUGCUCCUGACAAUGCUUACUCUUACGGUACACAUAUCGAAAGAAGACUUGUCAAGGUUGAUUCCAAGUCAUAUUCGGCUGUUUUCGUCACAGGAGUUACUCCUUACUGUAUUUGGAAAUCACAUAAUUCCUCUCCUCGUGUGUUCCAAUUCACAGCAAAACCAGCCCUUGCGUUUGGUGGCUUUUCCACGGAGAAGGUUGUGGAAGGUAUCAUGUUCAUUGAUGAUUCCAAAAAUGCAAGAAUUUGCGAACUGGAUACCAGUUUUGAUUAUACCAAUACCGUUCCCGUUAAGCAGAUUCCCAUCGGUCAAACCAUGAGAAACGUUGUCUACCAUAGCCUCUCAAACACAUAUAUGAUAUCGACUAUGGAGGAGGUUCCGUUUGAGCUAAAGGAUAUAGAAGGUGAGAAAGCGGCCUCGCUCAAUGAAGAAAUAGAGACUCCAACGGCCACGUCGUUGAAGGGUUAUCUCAAACUGUUAUCUCCAUCCAAUUGGUCAGUCAUUGAUCAGAUAGAUCUAGAAGAUAACGAAAUUGCGAUGUCCGUCAAGUCAUUGAAUCUGGAUGUGGUUCGCUCAGCUACGAUGACUCAGUUCAAAGAUCGCAAGGAAAUAAUUGUGGCUGGAACAGGAAUAUUCGAGACCGAAAGCACCUUUACCAACGGAUCCCUCAAGAUCUUCGACAUUAUCGACAUUGUGCCCGAACCAGGACGCCCCGAGGCAAAGAACAAAAUCAAGCAGUUGUUCAGCGAAACCAGAAAAGGAGCUACGGUCACGGUAUCCGAGGUCAGUGGUAGAAUUCUGGCCGUCCAGGGCCAAAGAGCAUUUGUAUGGAAUCUGAAAAACGACAAUAACGUUGUUCCUGUUGCGUUUGUGGACACUGGAAUUUGGACCACAGAAACCAAGAGUUUCCAAAAUCUGAUCCUUUUUGGAGACACCCAGCAAAGUGUGUCGUUGGUCGGUUUUGAAGCGGAGCCGUACCGCAUUGUCCAAUUAGGAAAAGAUAUUGCCAGAGUGGACGUUCUGGCAACUGACUUCUUGGUCCAUGAUGGAAACUUGUACAUUCUUGUGGCUGAUGCCAAUCAAGUGUUACACAUUCUACAAUACGAUCCAGAAGACCCGGCUUCCCAUCAAGGUCAUAGACUCAUCCGCAAAUCUGUGUUCAGAAAUAACUCUUCAACGACGAAUCUGGUUGCGGUUGCACGUUCCAAAUCUCUUUUCUCGGCAUCGCGCUCUCUGAAGGAGAACCUGGUUGCAGAAUUUGAGUGCAUUGGUUCGAAUGUUGAUGGAUCUUUGUAUCGGGUUACUCCGGUAUCGGAAACCACCUAUAGAAGACUGUAUGCAGUCCAGCAACAGAUCUAUGACAGAGAGUCACAUUUUCUGGGACUAAAUCCAAGACUCAACAUAAUCGGACAUAUGGAAAAUAUCAUGGAUAAUGUCAACAGACCGGUUCUGGACUUCGAUGUGCUGAAAAAGUUCAUGACACUGAGUGAGGAGAGAAAGAGGGCCUUUGCCAAACGGAUCGGUAAUAACGUCUAUUCCGAAAUAUAUAGGGAUUUCAUAGGGAUCUCUUAG